UUUUUUUUUUGUUUUUGUUCCUUCAUUCCUUGACAGUUUUACAAUGCUCAUCUUUCGUUCUCUUGCGGCGGCUCUUUCGCUCACAUUAUUCUCAACCGCAGCUCUAGCACUUCCUGCAGCCCCAUGCCACGGUGGUCAUGAUGGCGUUUUAACCUCAGCUAUGGGCGAGACCCACGAACAGGCUGCAGGUCUUGCCCGCAAGCUCAUCAAGAACACUGGCGUUGGCACGUUUAUGAGCAUAAUGAACGACCACUACAAGGAUGGAGACCUUGAAGGCUAUCCCUUUGGAAGCGUGGACUAUUAUGCUGAUGAUUGCGAAGAGCCAGGAACUCCAUUGAUGUUACUCUCGCAUUUGCAAAUCAAUGUUCAGAACGCGAGAAGCCAAAACCGCGUCUCACUUGCCAUUAGAAAACUUCCAGGCCCAGAUGAACGCGGUAACCCUAUGGUGGAUCCUCGCGUUACUUUGCUAGGACAUUUGGUUCCUCUUGAGGAGAAAAAGCAUGCCAAGGCUGAGGCAUGCUUCUUGAAGCAGCACCCAGAGGCCAAGUGGUGGUUGCCCAAUAGAGGCUUCCACGACUUUAAGUGGUACCACCUUGAAAUCGAGGAGAUUUAUUAUAUUGGCGGAUUCGGUGGCAUCCAUUACAUUGGAUGGAUCGAUGUUGAUACAUACUACGAGGCAAAGCAACUGAAGGAGAACAAGCCAGACAGCUCUUUAGUCCGUUUCCAGGGACAGUGGAGAUCAUGAAGAGAGAGAGAGAGAGGG